AUGAACGCGGAAGCUCAAUUCCGCUGUCUCUCUUAUCACAAAUUGUCUCAAACAUUUAUGAACUUCCAUCGUAUUAACCCUAAUCUGAGAUGGAACAACGGUCUCGCGAUUGACGCCUGUAACGAACUAAAAGAAGAAGAAGAAGACCACGAAGUCAAGCAUCGGCUCGUUGUUAAGAAGUCGGUAUCUGCGCUCACUUGUUAA